AUGGGGAGAGAAGACGUUCAGACGAAGAUGAAAAGGAAGCGAAGAGAUAAAACGAACAAGACGAGAGUGCCGUGCAAUUUCUGCGAAUUCUCCAGCAGCAGAUAUGGAUGCAGCUCUGAAGAUAAGCUGCAGGAGCACGACAAUGAAGCAGUGCUGCGGAAAGAAGUCGAGAGAUUACGGUUUUUGAUCAAGAGAAUGACUGGUAGGGACGAGGGUGUCAGUUUCACCGAGCUGCUAGCUCUUGAAAGUCACCUUAAGGAUGUGGGGCGCAUUGUGCUGGACAAAGAGAAGAAGAUAAAGCUAGAAGAAGAUGAAAGGCUGCACAAACAGAAGAAGGAAGCAGAGCAUGGAGCCAAUGGUAUGAGGAGAGGGGUUUUUUUUCCUUGCAAAUUUUCUACCAGCAGGUUGGGAGAAAGACAGGAGAAACCAAAUGGUCUAUCACCACUGCUGAAAAUGAAGAGAGAAUAUGAGAGACGAGUCUCUGAAUCCUUGCAGAGCGAGUUCGAGAGAUUGUGGCUUUUUAACGAGAGAAUGAAUGGAAGAGAGCUCGAGGGUAUGACAUCCUACGAACUUACCUUACUUCACAUUCAGAUAUUACGAGCUACGCAAGGUUUGAUGGACCAAGAAGAGAACAAAUUGCAAGGCAGGGAAAAGAGGUAAAAAUCUGUUUGGCACACCAACAAGGAAUCAGUCUCUAGGUUAGCUGAGCCCAAGAGAUGUUCACUGGACAAUGAAAAGGGUGCUGACACUUCCCUGCAGUUUAGACUUCUUCUCGUUUCAAGGAAGCUAAGAAGGAUCCAUAAUUGUUAUCACCGCAAGAGCAUGCCAGAGGCCAGAUCGGUCUGCCAGAGUCGAGUGAUUUCCGAGUGA